AUGUCCCUUUCACAACGCGUCGUCAUCAUUGGAGCCGGUAUCGUGGGUACUAACCUCGCCGAUGAGCUGGUCUCCCGAGGAUGGAAUAAUAUCACCGUCGUUGAGCAGGGCCCGUUGCACAUGCCGGGCGGAUCGACCUCACAUGCCCCCGGACUCGUAUUUCAGACAAACCCCUCUAAGACAAUGACGCACCUCGCUCGAUACACAGUCGAGAAGCUUCUAUCGUUAGAGAAGGACGGACACAAAUGCUUCAAUCAAGUGGGCGGUCUCGAAGUAGCAACCACCCCCGCACGCCUGGAGGAUCUGAAGCGGAAACAUGGAUACGCCUCAUCAUGGGGAAUCGAGGCCCGGCUACUCAGUGCUGAGGAGUUCCUCAAGAUAUAUCCGCAUCUGAACAAAAAUAUUGUUUUGGGCGGUCUGCAUAUCCCAAGCGAUGGUCUCGCACUAGCAGCCCGAGCAACACAGCUGCUGAUUGAACGGACAAGCAAGGCCGGUGUUCGCUAUCUGGGUCAUACUCCCGUGACAGGAAUUGAACUGGAUGGCCGGCAUGUCACAGGGGUCACUACUUCAACUGGCACUAUCCAGGCAGAUAUUGUUAUCUCUUGCGCUGGGUUCUGGGGUGUGGAAUUGGGUGCCAUGGUCGGUGUAGAAAUUCCUUUGCUCCCACUGGCGCACCAAUAUGCAAAGUCCACAGCAGUACCAGCUCUCGCUGGGCGAGAUAUUAACACUUUGCCCAAUGGAAUGAAUGCCGAACUCCCAAUCCUCCGGCACCAGGAUAAGGGCCUUUACUACCGUGAACAUGGUGGACAGUACGGUAUUGGAUACUACGGACACCGUCCAAUGCCCGUCGUUGCGUCAUCACUAGGGCUCACCCCCAAAGAUGUUGAUGAACAAAAUAUGCCCUCCCGUCUCGAUUUCACAGCCGAAGACUUCAACCCAGCUUGGAAAGAAUCUCAAAAACUUCUUCCCACUCUUCAGGACACAGAGAUCGCAGAUGGCUUCAAUGGCAUCUUUUCCUUCACACCCGACGGUGGUCCAAUCCUCGGCCAGCCAUCCCACCUUGACGGCUUCUACGUAGCCGAGGCCGUAUGGGUUACACACUCAGCUGGCAUCGCCCGAGCUCUAGCUCAAAUACUCACAACCGGCCGAUCAGACAUCGACGUGUCCGAAUGCGAGCUAUCCCGCUUCGAAGAAGUCCAAGUUAAUCGAGACUACGUGAGCGAGACCUCACAGCAGAACUUUGUUGAGAUAUAUGACAUUAUCCAUCCGCUCCAGCAGCGGGCCUCGCCCCGCAAUUUGCGUGUUAGUCCAUUCUACUUCCGCCAGCAGGAGCUGGGGGCAUUCUUCCUCGAGACUGGAGGCUGGGAGCGACCGUGGUGGUAUGAGGCGAACAAAGAUCUGGUCAAGUCCCUCCCGCCAUCAUGGAAGCCUGUUGAUCGGGAUCCCUGGUCAGCACAGCUUCAUUCUCCUAUAUCUGCUGUUGAGGCGUGGAAGACGCGUAAUGCUGUUGCUAUGUUUGAUAUGACUGCUUUCCAUCGGUUCGAAGUGUGCGGUCCUGGGGCAGUUUGUUUGCUUCAGCGGCUGACUACGAGUGAUAUCACUACCAAACCAGGGACCGUUACGUAUACUCUCCUCUUGAAUAACCACGGCGGCAUUCGGGGUGAUAUUUUUGUACUACGACUUAAAGAUAAUGUGUUCCAGAUUGGAGCAAACACUGCGACAGAUCUUGCGUAUCUUACCAGAGAAGCUCGAGUACAGGAACAGAAUACUCCCGGAAAAUGGAUCCAAGUCCGCGAUAUUACAGGCAGCACAUGCUGCAUCGGACUAUGGGGUCCUCGAGCUCGGGAUGUUAUUACUGGAAUCAGCAACAUCGACCUUUCCAACAAGAGUUUUUCCUACUUCAGUCUGAAGAAAGUAGUUCUCGCCGGUAUCCCAGUUACAAUGAUCCGAAAGUCCUACGUCGGCGAACUAGGCUGGGAAAUUCAAACCAGUGCUGAGUACGGCCGGCGGCUAUGGGACACAAUCUGGCAAGCUGGAAAGCUGCACGGACUCAUUGCUGGAGGCCGCAGUGCGUUCAACUCAAUGCGCCUCGAGAAGGGAUACCGGACAUACGGCGUGGAUAUGACGACAGAGCACAAUCCGUUCGAAGCUGGUGUUUCCUUUGCUGUGGACGCAAACAAGAAAGAUGACUUUGUUGGCAAAGCGGCUCUCCAACGCCUUUCUACCCAGGUACCUUCCCGGCGACUGAGAGCUUUGACUGUCAAGGAUGGUCGCUCCAUGAUUCUUGGUAAGGAGCCUGUGUUCUACAAUGGAAAGGCGAUUGGGUAUGUAACGACCGCGGCGUUUGGGUACACGAUUGGCAGGCCAAUCGCCUACGCCUGGCUUCCUGGGGGUGUGGGCGAAGGCGAGGCAGUGGAGAUUGAGUAUUUUGGAAAGCGUAUCAGGGCGACUGUUGAGGUAGAGUCGCUUUAUGAUCCUGAGAUGAAUCAGCUCACCCAGGAUAGCUCGUCUUUGAUGGCUGGACUGCAGGCUUCUUUCAAGUCACGACUUUGA